AUGUCAGCAUCAAAGCCUCCGAGUCCUGACAGUGCCGCCGCUGCCGCCCGCGUUCCCGAAAGCCUCUUCUCCAGGAUGGUCGUAGGACCAGUCCUCUUCGUUUCUUUCCUCCUCUCUCUGCUGCUAGUCGAUCGGAAGACGUACAGCAGCAUCUUGGGACCCAAUCAUGACGCCCAUGGCUACUACCACUCUCACCAGCGCAAGCUUGCCAGAUCGGAAAUGGACCAGGCUUUUCAGAAUCGGAGCAGAGUGAUUGCUGGGAUGUGCAUGAUAAGCGGCAUCGCCAGUGCCAUUGUGCUGUGGAUCAUUUCGAGCGGCUGGUAUUACCUUCGGGGUGGACAAUCCUGA